AUGGGGAACAGCUCCGCGUCGUACCAGGUUGAGAACAACACGUUCGCAGUUUCAGCGCAAAGCCUAAACACGUUCAUGGGCAUGGCCUUCGAUUUCGACAGCGAGGCGCCUGUGCGUCACACCCUUGCCUUCGAGAUCCCUGCCGGGACGGAGAUCGUCUGGGUGAGCCGUGAAGAGAUGGUCGAGGUGCUCCAAACGCAGGAGAUGCCGGCCUCCCUCGAGAGGCGCUUAGAGGCGCAGUUACGCAAAGCUUCUCUGGCAAAGGGGAUGGAUGGCGCGCUCACGCAGAAAGGAAGCAGGCGGCGCAGGCGGCGCAGGGCAAGGUGCACGGAUGGACAGAUUGGGUCCAUGGCAGGAGGUGCCGCCGCCGUGGGCGUCGCUUUUCUGGUCUGCGCGUUUACUUUCAUAGGCUGCUUCACGGCGUCGCCGUUCUCGAUGAUGGCCGGGGCAACGAUGGUGGCAAGCGGUGCUUGCGACUGCUGGGCUAACGAAAAUUUUGGGCUGACCUCCUUCGCGUUGCGCUGA